UUGAUGAGCAUUGGCGACCGAAUAUGUUCGAAAUUAGUGAUUUCUUCGUAAAUAAACACAAUGUCGCGUUUUUUACUAUUAAAUUUUAAAGAUUUUGGUCUCAACCAAGAUAUAACACAGACGAUUCAGUCACAAACGCUUGCCUGUAUAUGUUGUUUGGAUUCGAAUGUACCUCUUAUCAACUUGUCGACUUGUAAACAUGAAAUAUAUUUGCAAAAUUUCUACAAAACUGUGGCUGAACCAACUAAGAAAGUUGUGUGUUUGGAGUGCCAUAAUGUGUUGAAGAUGAUAGAAACAUUCCGGCAGCAGGUGGUGAACAGCUUCCAGAGAUUGACUGAGGAAGUAACUUCAACGCCACCUCAAAACUAUAACAAACAUAAUAAAAAAAAGUACAAUUUAACAGAAAAGAAAACAGUGAACAUUUACCUGCCACCAGCAAAGUACACGGCGGAAAAAUGGCAACCCCAACCACAGAUAAACAAAAUUGUGAAGAAAGAGGUUGAGUCUGUGGAGCCUGCGUUGCCAGUGGUGAAAAUUAAGGCUGAGCCGGUUGAGAGUGAGAGAGAGAAGGUUGAGAUAGAGAUAGUUCCUGUGAAAAAGCAAGAGGAAACUAAAGCACCACCAGACAAGAACCCAGCCGUUCGAACAGUGACCCUGACCAAAGAACAGUUAGUAAUGGAGCGCUUGAAACAAGCGCAGUCCCCGGGCUACCUGAAGCUACCAUAUCGCUGCGAAAGCUGCGUCGUCGGCUUCAACUAUGAGGAGAAUAUACAAGACCAUAUGAAGAGGAAACAUGGCCCAAAAGUGGGCAGCGUGACGUGCGACGUGUGCCUGGCCGUGCUGCACCCCCCCGGCAGUCUCGCGGCCCACAUGUUCAGACACCUCACCAGAUACGAGUGCAUGAAGUGUGACGCGCGCUACCCGAGCUACGACGACACACUGCACCACUACAAGAGGCAACACGGCGACUGUCUCCGCUGCGCCGAGUGCCAUUACACCACCGACUCUCCGCAGAAGUUCAGGAAGCACAAGCGUCUGCACCACAAGCGGUUCACGUGCGCCGACUGCGGCGUGGUGCUGGCCACGCGGCCCAGCCUCACUCGGCACAUGGCCGUGCUGCACAACAAGCGGCUGUACCGGUGCGUGCACUGCUCGAUCACGUUCACGGACGGCGCCACGUUCGCGACGCACAUGCGCGUGCACGGCGCCGCGGCCGCGCGCGCCGCGUGCGCGCCGUGCGGGCUGCAGUUCAAGGCGUGGCACGCGUACAACGCGCACGUGCUCUACAGCACCGCGCACCGCAACCCUACCAAGAUAACGUGCAACCACUGCGGCAUGAAGUUCGCGACGGCGACGCAUCUCCGCAUGCACGUGCAGUUCAGCGACCACCCCAAACAGACCUUCCAAUGCCCAGACUGCCCCAAGGAAUUUGCUGUAGAAGCCGAGAUGAAACAGCACCGCAACAUACACAAGAAACAGCGGCUCAGGUCCACCGACAGGAUCUGCGACUACUGCGGCCGAGUGUACACUAGUCGAGAGCACCUCAUCCGCCACAUACAGACGCACCUGCUGAAGCGGCAGAAGGCAAAGGAGCUAAAAGAGCGAGCCAAGUCAACCAAACCACUAAAGGCGAAAUAAACUAUAUGCACUAA